UCUUUAACAGUUUGUCCUUGAUCUAACCGAGUUUAAUCGAGAGCGACGCCAAGAUGUCGUUUUCAUUAUCGGAACAGACCCCCUCCACCUUGAUAUCGAGGACGCGAUAUUUCAAGGAUCCCAUUAGGGGUGAUGUCAAAAUCGGCCUUUACCUUAUUCAAAACGCUUCUCCGAAGAUUUCGCGGGAAGUCUCUCGGACUGCGAAAAAAAAUUCCUCGCCUUUUUUUAUUUUAUCUCCUUUUACUCAACCGCGAAUUAUUACGAGAAAUCGUGAAUCAUCGAUCGUUCAUCAGUCAUUGGAUUUGGGUAUAAAAAUCGUGCUUGAAUGAGCGUUUUCGUCGCGUUAUCGAAAUUGUAGCCGCGUCCAAUUACGAUAAGAAAUCGAGCGGAUUUAAAUCGACGAGUGAGACACCAAUCGGUCGAUCGAUGUGCGAUCCCGGUGCACGAGGGUGCAUGCCGAGCUCUUUUUUUUCUUUCUCCUCGAGGACCACGAAUCACCGGAAAGGGAAAUCGAAGAUCGAUUUCCUCCGAUAAGAAAUAUUAUGUAUCGGCUCGAUCGGCACGCAGCACGCAGAGCCAUCUUGGUCUCGAGUAAAGGCGCUUGCAGCUUUCGUGCUUUCCACUCUGCACCGGACUGACUCGAUGGUUUCGCUUUGCUACCGAUCCCUGGUGACCUACAUAACCGACGACAACCUCGCGGGUCUGCAGAACUUCCUGGAGAACAAGAGGGUGCAGAUAGACGAUCGCGACGAGAAUGGAAGCACCGCUCUCAUAUACGCAGCCACGAAGGGAAAGCUGCAUUUUGUACGCGAACUCGUGAACCACGGAGCCGACGUCAAUGCCGAAGAUGGGGACAAUUGGACGGCGCUUUCAUGCGCCGCGAAGGAAGGCCACACCGACGUCUGCCUGGAGCUGCUGGAGCACGGUGCGGAUCUCGAGCAUCGCGACAUGGGAGGAUGGUCGCCUCUUAUGUGGGCGACCUACAAGGGCAGGAUGGAGACCGUGUCGCUUCUUCUGUCGCGAGGGGCGGACGUCAACGCUCACGGGAACUUCCACAUAUCUUCCCUGCUCUGGGCGGCUGGCAGGGGUUUCUCGGACAUCCUGAAGGACUUGAUAACCCACGGGGCUAAAGUAAACGUCGGCGACAAGUACGGCACCACGGCGUUGAUCUGGGCGAGUCGAAAAGGAAACGUAGAGAGCGUCGAUGCCUUGCUGAAAGCUGGAGCCAACGUGGACACGGCGGGGAUGUAUUCCUGGACGGCGCUGCUGGUGGCCACCCUGGGGAACCACGUGGAAGUGGUGCUGCUGCUUCUGGAGCACAAACCCAACGUCAACGCCCUGGAUAAGGAUGGCUGCACCGCCCUGGCGAUAGCGUGCAGAGACGGCUAUCACGAGAUCGCGAACGCCUUGCUGAACGCUGGAGCCUACGUCAACAUCCAGGACAGGGCCGGCGACACGAAUUUAAUCCACGCGGUGAAAGGCGGCCACAGGGGAGUCGUCGAGUCCUUGCUGAAGAAGUACGCCGACGUCGACAUCGCCGGCAAGGACAAGAAGACGGCGACUUACAUCGCGGUGGAGAAGGGCAACGUGUCGAUAUUGAAGUUGCUGCUGAACGCCAACCCGGACCUGGAAAUCGCGACGAAGGACGGCGACACGCCUUUACUCAGGGCGGUGAGGUCCCGUAACGCCGAGAUGGUGCAGCUGCUGCUGGACAAGAAGGCGAAGGUCUCGGCGACCGACAAGAAGGGCGACACGGUUUUGCACAUCGCGAUGAGGGCCAGGUCGAAAGCCAUCGUCGAGAUCCUUCUGAGGAACCCGAAGAACAGCCAACUGCUCUAUCGACCCAACAGGCAGGGCGAGACGCCCUAUAAUAUCGACAUCAAUCACCCCAAGACGAUCCUUGGACAGAUCUUUGGUGCUCGUAGAUUAAAUACCAACGAGGACAACGAGAACAUGCUGGGGUACGAUUUGUACAGCAGCGCACUGGCGGAUAUUCUUAGCGAACCCUCUCUAUCCACUCCGAUCACGGUGGGUCUCUACGCGAAAUGGGGCUCUGGCAAGUCCUUUUUGCUGAACAAAUUGCGAGAGGAGAUGAAGAACUUCGCUCGCCAAUGGAUGGACCCAGUGUUCCAGUUCUCCUCGCUGCUCUUCAUCGUGGUCGUGCACGUGUCGCUGCUGGUCGGGUUCGUCUUCGGGCUCGCUUUUCAAAGCUGGAUCAUCGGUCUGGCCACGAAAGUGGCGUUGGUCGUCGUAGUCUACGCUUUUCUGGUGCUGGUUUGGUACUUCAAUCAGAGGUACGACUGGUACUGGCCCUACAACUUCAACGUGGCGCUCAGCACGAAGCUGAACUCCCUGAAGCUUCUCCUGCAGGUGACCUUCUGCCAUCCUCCGAGCGGACAGGCGACGGACACGGUCGCUGCCCAGCCCAUCAAGUUCUACUUCACCGAUCAGACUCGAGUUGGCACCACGGCUGCAGGAGAGAACGCCGUCGUCCACAUGGUCGGCUCCCUCUACGACUCGAUAGAAAGCGACUUUGGUUCCCUCGCCACGAGGCUGUACAGAGCCUUCAGGCCGAAGCCUGUCAAGUCCACCUCAUCCUGGAAGUGGAGGCACCUCUGCUGCCUGCCCUACGUCGUCAUCUUCGAGUUCUACUUCUGCAGCUUCCUCGUCGAAGUCUCGGCGCUCACCUUCUACCUCGUGGACUCGCCCGUUAUGGAGCAAGUCACCGCCUACAUCAUCCUCAUCACCGUCGCCCCAAUUCUGGCAGUGGGGAUCAUCGCCAACCUGUACACCUGGAGCAGAACUCUUCGGGCUCUCAUUUUCUCCCAAAAGAGGCACCUGCAGCGCAGCAUUUCUAGGCUGGAGACCCUGAAGAGCGAGGGGUUUAUACAGAUACUGAAGAGCGAGGUCAAUCUCAUGACCGAGAUGGUGAAGUGUCUGGACAGUUUUACGGCCCAGCAGAGCAGGCUGGUCGUGGUAGUGGACGGCCUGGAUAGCUGCGAGCAAGAUAAGGUGCUUCUCGUCCUCGACGCCAUUCAAGCCUUGUUUAGCGAUAACGGAUAUCCCUUUGUCGUCAUUCUGGCGAUCGAUCCCCACGUGAUAGCCAAGGCGGUGGAAGUCAACAGCAGAAGACUCUUCACGGAGUCCAACAUAGGAGGGCACGACUAUCUGCGCAACAUGGUGCACCUUCCCUUUUACCUGCAGAACAGCGGCCUGAGGAAAGUCAAGGUCGCCCAGCAGACCGCCCAGCACAGCAAGAAGACCACCUGGACCGAGGCCGAGGAGAGCGUGAAUUACGCGACGACGAGUGCGAUUCACCGUUCCGUUUCGAACAGGAGAUUGAGCACGGAGUCGGGCGUGAUGAACAGCAACGAGAAGCUGAAGCCACCCAGCAGGAAGGGCAGCAGAAAACUCAGGCUCAGCGAGUCGAUCGCCAGCAGCAUCGGCAGCAACCUGAAUCGACUCGGCGGCGCUCACGACCUCAACAGGAUGCUGCUGACCGACGACUACUUCAGCGACGUCAAUCCUCGCAGCAUGAGGAGAUUGAUGAACGUAGUUUACGUUACCGGUAGAUUACUGAAAGCAUUCCAAAUAGACUUUAAUUGGUACCACUUGGCCAGCUGGGUUAACAUUACCGAGCAGUGGCCCUUCAGGACCUCCUGGAUAAUUCUUCACUACGACAUGUACGAGGACAGCUUGGACGACUCGACGUCCUUGAAGACCCUCUACGACAAAGUUCGCCCGAACAUCCCUGUGGUGAAGGACAUCCACCCUUUUCUGGAGAUGGACAGAGACGAACGGAAGCUGGACGUUUUUCUGACGUUCCACCGAUCCAGCUUGCUGGUCAGCGACAUGAAGAUCUUCCUGCCGUUCACCAUCAAUCUGGACCCGUAUAUCAAGAAGAAGAUCAAGGAAGAGCAGCACACCAUCGAGGAGGAGCUCAGCCAGGGAUACCCGAGAUCUUUGGGACCAACUCAGUCCGACUUCGUUCAGGAUUCUUGGACUCCGAGUAGAACCGGGAUGACCAGCAGGCAGUCGAGACUCACCAGGACUCCCAGUCUUCAAGGACACGUUUCUCAAAUCGUCUGGCCUCCUCGGCAACCCCUCGAGUGGCAGACCCCAUCCUGGCCUCCCGUUGUUCCGGUGCCUCCGGUUAUUUCGGUUCCUCCUAUGGAAGCUGCGACCAGGUCUCUCUCCGCCACCACCAGCUUGCCCGCUGAUAUCCUGGAUACGAAACUGUCGUCGCUAUCGGUGCAAGGAAUCUGCGACCUCGUCGACAGGAUCGAAGAUCUCAACCCUAGUCAGACUCAGCAGUACAAAAAUCUCAUCAAGGAGAAUAAUGUCAACGGACGAGUGCUACUUCACUGCGAUCUCCAGGAGCUGAAGAAAGUGCUUCGAAUGUCUUUCGGAGACUGGGAGAUGUUUCGCAUGGUGAUCGUGUCCUUGCGAGAAAUGGAAUUAACUUCCUUCAACACCCACGAAGAAGGACCGCGAAGUGUUCGCUUCACUGUGGGCUCCGAACAAAUCAUUCGAAAGGAGCACGCGUCAACUAACAAUGCCAAUCGUACGUCCACUCACGUGGAGAAGGAGAAAUCGACGUCGAGAACGGACGGGCCGUCCAGACGCGAUCAGACCAAGCAAUCCAUAAUGGAAAAGCAAGUGACUUUGGAGGAGCAGAUGAUCUGCGGAGCUCUUCAGACACUAAACGAGGAGGCCUGCGAAGACGUCCUGGACGUACCCUCUCCAGCUGCCCCAUCGGCUGACUCACUCCCAGGUGAUCGACCAAAGACUCUGGGAAUCUCGGCAAUGGACACAGACUACGUGUUGCUGCAAACUUCUCCGUUGUACCACUGGAUUCCUGUGCAAGACGAAGGAGACAGUUCCGAUGACAGCUCAUUGGAAGACUCCUCGAAUCAUCUCCAUCGGUCCAAUUCCCAGCGUAGCCUUGCUUCCCAGCGUAGUGUCAAGUCUGUCUGCUCCUAUGGCAGGAGAAACUCAAAGAAGAACUCUAACGUCGUAGGAAGACCUUCUUCGCUUUUGAUAUCACCUCCUGCAUCCCCGAGACCGGCAACAAGGUCCAAGUCUAACGAGGAGAGGCGUUCCGGGAUGGACAUUUCUUCAAAGCCUGUCGUCUCUUCGUCCCUGUCGUGGUCUCGGUCCAGCUUGGACGAAGAACUGUCUAUAUUCAUCCCCGUUCCUAUCACCACUGGUUUGGAAAAGCUUGGGAACAAGAUCAAAGAUCGAGUCUUGGGUACGGGGUCCGAUGGAAACGCAGGUAAAACUGACAGUGACGACGAGUCUACUCCAUUGGUCUCCGAGAUGUCGAGUCCCGUACACCUCCAGGGUGAAACUGGGAUAAAAAGGUGUUUCAGUCCGGACAGCAGUGACUUUUCACCUUCCUCGGAGAAGGAUUUAUCUCAUGGUGGAGAGCAGUACUUUGACAUCGGGACUGUGGAUUCGGUGAGUCUGGUUGUGAGAGAAACUCGUAACGGCAGGUGCCUGCCCAGGCAGAAUGCCGAGGGCUGGGACGAUCCGGAGACACCUGUAUGAUGGUUAAAAAAAAUAUAGAAUUAUCUAAAAGGGACCAUCGUUACUACAGAAACAUAUGACAUUCAUGUAUUGGCAAUAAUUACAACGGUUUUCUCUUGGAUAACCUGAAAACGCAUUACCGGUGGUAUGGCUCGAAAACACCAAAAAGUUUUCGAACGGGUUUGUUUAGCGUUUCGCAUUUACGCCCUUGACUUGUUGCGCGCCAAUAAUAGAUGUCUAAUUCGUAGAACAAGGUACUCACUUUAAACAAUAAGUACGAAUGACAAUUGUAAAUAAGAAUGGUCGAUCAGUAUGCGGUCCAACUAGUGUAGUUAGAAAAUUGCAACGUUAACUAAGUCUGCGUUUCACGCGAGUAAAACAAAUGGUAGGAAAAUAAGGGAAAUUUAUUUCAGUGAGAAAAAUUAUUCUCCUGUUUUAACUGUGAAUGAGCAAUUUUUAAGUUUGAACCAAGUCUCUCUAUGUCUGCGUUCUGGAUUUCAGCAUAAGGUUGUUAAUUGACAUUUACUUUCUAGAGUAAAGGACUAGGCUGUGCGAGUGGCGAAAGAAUGACAAAAUCAGAUAUUACUAGAAGUAAGGUGUACUUAAAAGUCCAACUUGGCCAAUGCCAAUCGGUGGCUAUUUGUCGUUUUCUCUUAAUCACACGUUUAUGACAGAAUGCGAUAAUUUUUUUUUUUAACUAUGUGGAUAAGCGCAAGUUCGUUAUAAAAAGUAGAUAUGAAAAUUAAAAUUUAACAAAGUUCACCGAAACGCUGUUAAACCAGUGAUCGGAUAGUUCCGAAAAGUAUCCGUCUUUUCACCGACAAUGUAUUAUUUAUAAACUGUAAGGCAAUGGAAGAAAUGUAAUAUAGCAGGAGUGCCUUAAUUAAAUCUA